GGACUCAAAGGCCAGCUGGACCAGGUAAAAUGCGUGAGUUUAGACUGAAUAUGUGACCGCUGCUUCUUCAUGAAGGCGUCUACGCUAAAGGCGGGAAUGAGAGCAGCGCAGCGGCCGCGGAGGGUCAUGAUGUUUCCCCGCAGGGGCGUGGAGUUUCAGGAAGUUGAAUUCUUGACUUCUUCAAUUGGCCAGUUCAAAGUUGUGCAGACCAAGUAUGUUGAAGCAAAAGACAGUUUAAAUGUACUGACCGAAAACAACAAAGGAAAAGAAUUACUCGUCCCCCUCACCAGUUCUAUGUACGUCCCCGGCACAUUAAACGACGUGGAGCACGUGUUGGUGGAUGUGGGAACGGGAUAUUAUGUGGAAAAGAAUGUGAAAGAUUCAAAAGAAUUCUUCAAGCGCAAAAUAGACUUCCUCACCAAGCAGAUAGAGAAAAUUCAGCCAACUCUCCAGGAAAAACACGGCAUGAAACAAGCUGUGAUUGAAGUGAUGAACAUGAAGCUGCAGCAGCUGCAGAGUCAGCAAGGAUCACAGGCGGUUGGGACCAGCAAGGCUUAAUGAGAGCAACACUUUCUGCAUUUUUAACUCCACCCACAAAAACUCUACCGAUACUGUUGUGUUGCUUUGGUCAGUCGGAUCAUUAAAGUGCUCACUAUAACUUAAACAAACGUUUGACUUUGUUUUUUUAGAACGUACCGAUAAUCCCUACAUUUUUUUUUAUUGACAAGAUGUUUAAAUAUAUCUUAUAUUUCAGUUUUAACUGAUUUGCUUGUUAUAACAGGCUUUUUAGUGGACAUGCAAGUUAAUAAAUGUUGUCAUUAGAAUUUCUAAGUUGAUAUAGUUUUCAAGAGCAGUACAGCAAAUAUAUCAUCUGAAGCUUUUUUUUUUUUUGCCUACUUAAAUCUUUUUACAAGCAACCUCUGCUACAGAGACCUGAUGGCUGCAUCAGCUAAAGCAGUUCUGUCAGAAAACUGAGGCAUGGCUCUAAAGAGGAUGGCUCCUUUGCCUUUUUCUCUCCAGAACAAGUAUCUGGAAGCGUGUUGCAUUCAAUGAAGAAACAAAACACUGGGGAUUUUUUUUCCAAACGGGCUGGGCUCCAACCUCAUCUGCUCAUGAAAACUGUAAGAUGGGCUGCAAUUAAAAGUAAUAAAGCAACAUUGUGUCCGUGUCGUAGACAUG